UGGCCAGACCAGUGGUCAAGAUAGGUUAUAGGAGGGGGUGACCUGUAGGUGACGUCUUCCCUCAUAUCUUUUGAGAUGUCAGAACACCGGCUUUCUUGCAAACAUGUCAUUGGCCAACCGUGCCCGAGUGGGCUAGCUACUACACAUGUUCUCCACCUCGACAUACAUCACUACUUCAUUCCAUACUUCUUGAUCUAACAAUACGCUACCGUAUAAUUCUUCUGCGGGUUCCUGGUGAGAUUCGCUGUAAGGAUGGCUCGCUCUGCCAUGCCCAAGAUGUCUUGGGAUAGACACCUCCUACGUUCGGUGCAGAACGCACCCCCUGCGACUCUACCAGUCUUCAUCUAUGGCACUGCAUGGAAGAAAGAUCGAACAACAGAUUUAGUGCACCAGGCUCUUAACGCUGGCUUCCGUGCCAUAGACACUGCGGCCCAGCCGAAGCAUUACCGGGAAGACUUGGUAGGCGAGGGUAUACGCAGGGCUAUUCGGGACGGAGCGAUCCGACGAGAGGAUCUCCAUAUCCAAACCAAAUUCACAUCCGUUAAUGGGCAGAACCCCGAUGAUAUGCCCUAUGAUCCUAAUUCCUCGGUGACAGAACAAGUACACGCUUCUAUCAAAUCAUCCCUAGAGCAUCUUCGUGCAUCUGACGCCCCAGAAAGCGUCAACGAAGCGUAUAUCGAUAUGCUCAUCCUUCAUUCCCCGCUCCCGACAAUGUCUCAGACUUUGGAGGCCUGGUCCAAGUUUGAGACCUACGUCCCUCAUCGAAUCCGAAACCUAGGCAUAUCGAACUGUACCUUGCCGCUGCUUAGAGAACUAUCCUCACUGGUCAAAGUGAAACCAGCGGUUGUCCAGAAUCGUUUCUAUGGGGGCACCCAGUUCGAUGUCCCGUUGCGCUCAUAUUGCCGGGAUAACGACAUAAUUUACCAGAGCUUCUGGACACUGACGGCAAAUCCAGAAUUAGUUCAAUCGGAUGCAAUCCAAUUGUUAGCAAGUCGCACAGAAAUCAGUCCCGCUGCAGCUCUGUAUUGCCUUGUUUUAGCCCUGGGGAACACCACUUUAUUGAACGGGACGAGUAAUCGGGGCCGCAUGGAGGCGGAUCUGACUGCCCCCGAGAAGGUAGAGAGGUUCUCCCAAGAUCACCCGAAUGUAUGGCAGAGGGUGCUUGAGAACUUUCAGGAACUGAUUGGGGAUCAUGUCGCGCUCUAAUUGAGCAGUGUUCCCUUCGCGUGCCCUGCAUUAGGGUUGCUCCUAUUGUCCGAUGGCCA